AGUCUGUAUGCUAGGAACAGUAGAAUACAUGCUCCUAUGGCGUAAAAGCGUUGACCACGAACAGAGCAGUAAGAACAUGAAUCAGCUUUCUAAAUGAAACACGCAUAUUUUACAAGAACCAAUUUGCGAAUAUAAUACAGAUUCACGAAACUCUUGUUGGAGCAGUGAUCACGUGACCGUAUGCUUUAUCUAUCCAAAUCUUGAAAUACCAUAGAUCAUCUUAGUUUAUAAAAGUACAUUCUGGAAAACAGGAUUUUAGGAAACUCAACAAAAAUAUUUUCUCCUUAACAACCACAUAGGACCUUUUCACUACUUAUAAUGAUUUGGAAAAAACUUAUUUUUCUACUUACAACGGUGUUCCCAGAAGCGUUUUCAUUUCGCUCAAGGAAGAACUCCAUGUUAAAGAGCAUAGUAUUUUCAUCUCAAGAUGACACUGUAGACAAGGAACUUCUUCAUAAACAGCUGAAAGCUUACUGGAUGUGUAGAGGUUCAACGACUACCAUACCAACACGUUUCAACAUGUGUCCCCAAACGUUCGAUGGUUGGGGUUGCUGGGAGGCGACACCAGGUGGAACAGUUGCAAAUAUUCCUUGUUCAUCUAUCACUAAUACUCAUAAUACAAAUAAUGCUACAUGGUGGUGUACUCCAAAACAUCAAUGGGCAAAGAAAGCGGGGAAAUACCUUGGUGAUUAUUCUGCUUGCUCCAUGAAGAUAGUAACGGAUAAACAUGCAGAUACUUUAGCUCGUAUUCUACACCAGAUGGCAUAUUUGGAAGAAUCCCCCUAUGCAUCUACAGCUGUUAAACAUAUUUUCGAAACAUGUGUGAAUGAUGUAUUAAUGAGAUCCCAACCAAAAGAACUUUACUGUCAUGGAGUAUUUGACGGGUGGGGAUGCUGGAAUAUCACAAAGGCAGGUGAAGUCGCUUUUCAACCAUGCCCCAGUUUUGUUCCUGGUUUCUCUCCCGAUCGCCUCGCUUAUAAGUUUUGCCAAAAAGACGGCAGCUGGUUUCAACACCCUGUUACCAAUAAAACUUGGUCUAACUACACCACCUGUGUGGACAGAGAAGAUUUGAAGUUUCGUCAACGUAUAAAUAACUUGUAUAUUGGUGGUUAUUCUGUUUCCGUAGUGGCUUUGAUACUGUCUUUGAUCAUCUUUUUUUAUUUCAAAUCUCUUCGCUGCACCAGAGUUACCAUCCAUAAGAAUCUUUUCAUAUCUUUUGUUGUCAACAACAUUAUGUGGAUAAUUUGGUAUAUUGAAGUUGUUCAGCGACCACAGGUGGUGUUGGAAAAUGGACCUGCUUGCCAAGUACUUCACGUUAUAGUACGAUACUUUCUUGUCUGCAAUUACUUGUGGAUGUUUUGUGAAGGUCUCUACUUGCAUACUUUACUGGUUGUAGCUUUUGUUGCCGAGAAGAAAAUCAUGACAUGGUUCUACGUUCUUGGAUGGGGUACUCCCAUGAUCCUGAUCAUCGUAUACACAGCAGUAAGAAGCUAUCAAUCUCGUGACACUAAUUUUUGUUGGAUUGAAGACAGUCACUAUGAAUGGAUACUUUCUGGUCCAGUUUGUAUUUCCAUGUUGUUGAACUUUGUAUUCUUGAUUAACAUCGUUCGAGUCCUGGUUACUAAACUCCGAGCAGUCAACUCUACGGAUUCUCAUCAGAUAAGAAAAGCAGUUCGAGCGACGUUAAUUCUAAUUCCUCUGUUAGGCUUACAUUAUUUCGUAACACCAUUUCGACCAGAACCGAGAUCACCAGGUGAAGCUGUAUACGAGCCCAUUUCUGCGAUUGUAACGUCGUUCCAGGGCCUUUCAGUAGCAAUUCUUUUCUGCUUUUUCAACGGAGAGGUAAUGAACAUUCUACGUAGGUUUGUUAGGCAGCAUCUGAAUGUUUAUCACUUUGAUACACCCGUCCAGCUGUAACAAGCAGUGUGGCUAUGGAAUUGUAUAGACUUAUAUUAUACCAUGUAAUUAGCAUGAAACCAAAUGAAAAUCACCAGCACACACACAUUAAUUAAGAUAAACUCGGAUUUGUAAUGUGGAGUGUUGCAUGAGUUAGCGUGCAAGAUGUCUCUCCGUUGUCCACAGAAGAAGGAUCCCCAUUAUUUUAUGUGUGCCAGACGUAUUGGUAAUACAAUAUAUGUAUUUCAUAGUUUAUGGGUAGUUAAAGAAUAGGAGGUUCGUCGAAUGUAAAGUAAUUAGCAAUAUCAAAAGUGCUGACAAGAAAAGUUUUUCACAAUGUAUAAGAAUGUUUGGCAUACAGAUUUUUAAACUAUUUGUAUAACCUAUGAAAGAGAUUAGUAACAAGACGGAUUAUCGUAAUCUUACAGUACUUUUAACAUUCUCAAACUGUAUGAUUCUGAUCAAGUGAUACUUUUCAUUGGAGUGUUGCAAAUCUUGUCCAAAAAGUGGCGCGUUCGUAAUACUAAUAUGUUAUAUAUGUUGUUUGUAAAUGUAAUCUGUCUGUAAUAAAAAAAAGUGCUUAAGUUUGUUUAUUAGUUCA